UUACUCUUUAGGUCCAACUCGCAUUCUGGCCCAUAGCUUCGCUCUCAAUCUCAGCCAUUUCCAAUUCCAUACUUCCAUUCCUCGAACAGAGGGCUUCCGAGUCUCAGAAGCAGUAACAGAAAGUCACCAAUAGUCAUGGCUACUUGUUUGCGUGCGCUACCCAUAACCUAUUCAAUACCUUCUUCAUCGUCUAACUCUCAAUCAAUCAAAAGAAGAAAUCUGAGAAUCAAUUGUUCUUCAAUUGGUGCAAAACAUUCAUCUAAAAUUCCUAUGCCCCCAAUAAACCCUAAAGAUCCGUUUCUAUCAAAGCUCGCUGCUGUCGCUGCCAAUUCACCAGAAACGCUUCUUGACCGGCCCGUCAGUUCCGAUACGCCGCCUUACCUUGACCUCUUCGAUUCUCCUCAGCUCAUGGCAACCCCUGCUCAAGUGGAACGAUCAGUGUCGUACAAUGAGCACAGACCAAGGAAGCCGCCACCGGACUUGCCUUCACUGCUUCUCCAUGGGAGAAUAGUUUAUAUUGGCAUGCCUUUGGUGCCUGCUGUCACAGAGCUGGUUGUUGCGGAAUUGAUGUACUUGCAGUGGAUGGAUCCCAAAGAACCAAUAUAUCUGUACAUAAAUUCUACAGGAACAACCCGUGAUGAUGGUGAAACUGUGGGGAUGGAAACUGAAGGAUUUGCCAUUUAUGAUUCGAUGAUGCAGUUGAAAAAUGAGAUACAUACAGUUGCAGUUGGAGCUGCUAUCGGUCAGGCUUGCCUGCUACUUGCAGCGGGGACAAAAGGCAAACGGUUUAUGAUGCCACAUGCAAAAGCCAUGAUCCAACAGCCUAAAGUCCCAUCUUCAGGACUGAUGCCUGCAAGCGAUGUUCUCAUCCGUGCAAAAGAGGCAAUAACUAACAGGGACACCCUCAUUGAACUUCUUGCCAAACACACAGAAAAUUCUGUAGAGGCUGUAGCUAAUGUAAUGAAGAGACCAUUUUAUAUGGAUUCUAGAAGAGCUAAAGAAUUUGGGGUCAUUGACAAAGUUCUUUGGCGUGGUCAGGAAAAGAUAAUGGCAGAUGUUGUCACCCCUGAAGAAUGGGACAAGAUGGCAGGCAUUAAAAUUCCAGAUCCAUUCUAGUGAUGCCUCAGAACUGGUUGUGAUGCUUGGUUGUGCGCUGCUCCAUGGAAGAACGAGAUUUCUGGCACUCAAGUUGGAAUACACAAUAGCCUAGGCUUUUGAACAGGGUCGCAAAAGUUACGUUGGAUAAAGCUACAUACUAUGGUAACUUAAAAAUCUUU